AGUUAAGCCUCACCCUGCCCAUGUUGUUCUUCAUUCUAAAGUCGUAAUGACUCUCUUCGCCCUGCCGCUCUCAUGGCAGAAUGGCCGCAUAUCUACCUCCGCCUCUUCAUUUCCCCAAACUGCUGGGCAAUCAACAAACAGAAAACGCAAGCGCAGCUUCCCAUUGAACUCGCCACCCCCUCCAUCCACAUUAUCUACUCUGCCAAAUUCUGUAUUUGAAUUUCCUUCCUCACCUGCGCCAAGUGCCAACCUCGAUUAUGUGACCAGUAACCCUUUGUCACUAAACGCCGACGAAACCAGGCAGUACAGAGCUGCUGGACUGGAACUUGAUAAAGAGUUGCCCAGCAAAACUUACACAGGGUUCCCACAUAUGAAUUUACCAUGGGAAGCCGGGCUUACUACUGACGAUGAGGAGCGGCAAGAAUCGAAAGCGGAAUUAAGCGCCAUCGAAAGAGGCAGCAAACCUUCUCACCUGAAAGUCCGGCACCUAGGUGUUUUGACGGCUAUUCUGCAGCGAUGUCUGGCGGAAGGCGACAUACCGCGAGCAUCUAAGGCAUGGGCAUUACUUCUACGAGCUCAAGUAGGAGGUAAAGGUGUUGAUCUUCGAUCCACAGGGUAUUGGAGUUUGGGUGCGGAGCUCCUCAUACGAAGAGGGGAGCAGCUUGCAGCCAACGGCAGAAGCCAUGAGGAUGAUAUUGAAGAAACUUAUCCUCUAGACCCCCAGGACUCUGGAGUUGUAUCCUGGGGCACAGCUGAAGGGCUAGAAAGGGCAAAAGAUUACUACGCCCGGCUUAUCCUUCAACAUCCCUACAAACGGCAAUAUUCUACUGCCACUUCAGCACUCGAUUUCUGGCCUGCAAUGCUUAGCUGCGAGAUCUACGGCAUUCAAAGCAAACAGCAGCAAUCACUGCAUCAGCUAGCCAUGCGUCAAAGUGACAGCAAUAACGGUUCUGCCUCUGACCAUGAAGACUCUUUAUCUGAUGGAGAUUCUGAUCAUAGCGGCGAUGAAAGUCUCGGCGCCACGCAGGAGGAAGUAUACUUUGCAAGGCGCACAAAGCGUGAAUCGCGCGCAGCGCAACGGCAUCAAUUGAGGAGUUGGAAGAAGAAGGAAGAGGUGCGCAUGCACGCUAGAAGUGCGGCGGAGAAAGUUGCAACGCGCAUAGAUGAGAUAAUGACGACGCCGCCAUUUGUGGAUAGCCAUGUACUACACCGCUUGCGGGGGUAUUUAGCCUUGUAUAUCGGAGAUUUGUGCAUCCUUUCGUCUUGGGAGCAAAAGGCUGACAGUGAAUCGGAGAGGGCGUCGGCGUGGGUGAGGAGGUCGGAGGCGGAGAGGGGUGAGCUACUUAAGAAGGAGAUGAUAGAGGUGGCGAGAGCGCACUUUGAUGUGGCCAGGCGAAGAGGAGGACAUAUCCCGGACUGGGAGACAGAGGAAACUACGGUUGGGUAUGAGGACGAAUCUGCUUAGGCCGUGGCUCUCUGGAUUGACGUCGCGAGCCUUCACUAUUCUACCGGGGAGGGGAUGUUGAAUUUGGACUCCACUCACAAAUCAUAACCAUAUUUCAGGUAUAUAGUGUAGCUGUGGAACACCCAGUAUAAACAUACUGAAAAUGGAGUCAUAGACUAUCUUUGAGCAAAUUGGGGUUUUAUAAGCAGUUAUCGGUCGAUCUUCCAGCAAAUUAACAAAGUCAACCUCGGUAGAUGUGAAAGUGUUGACACCAUAGCCUUGUCCAAAAUGUCCCAGUGGUAUUCUAUUCGUGUCUUACUACAGACUAUGUAAUUCUAGUAAUCUAUUUAAAGUUUGCUCUGUCUCCAUAAUAUUUUGAAGGCGAUUUAGUGAUUUGAUUGUUUUCGCCAAGACUAGUCACUUCUCUCACAAAGGCGCGUUUACAACUACGGUGUC